AUGAAAUUUAAUAUUUAAGAUUAAGGUAUUAAUCAAAAACCUUUGGUAGAUAAUAACUAGCAAAUUACAUAAUAAGAUAGCUAAAGGAUAAACACAUGUUAUGAGAAUAACUAAACUGAGGAAGACUUUUUAGAGUAGAAAAAAGAUUUGAUUGAGCAAAUAGUUCCUAACAAAAGCCUUCGUAAAGAGAUGGAUUUCUAAGAUGAUUUAAUCAUUAGUUAAACCAAAGUCAGUAAUGCUAUUUAGAAAACAAGUUAAAAUAAGCAAACAAUAGUUAGUAAAAGCGAUGAAAAGAUAAAAGAAAAUGAGGAAACUUAGGAUGAUGAUGAAGAAGAUGAAGAUAACUUUUUAUCCUAAGAUUAAGAAGAAAAAAAGAUCAAAUAAAUGAAGGACAUGAGAUGGAAAAAAUUUAACUUUUCAUACAAUGUUAGUUUUUUUUUAAAGUUAUUCUUCAUAGAUUUUUUGAAGCUACUUUUAAGCAGUUGGAAAAGUAUCAAAGCAUACGGUUUAUUAGAAUUAAAGCACAUUCCUUUGCUCAGACCAAAUGAAAAAGUAGAGAACAAUUAUAAAAACUUUCAAAAGAAUAUGGAUAGGGUUCUUAUAAAGAUAGAAAAAGAAGGGAAAAAACUUACUUCAUUAGAUAUGUUAUUUGUUAUUUUGCGUACCUUCUAUGUGCCAAUAGUAUAAAUGAUGAUUAGCGCUCUUCUAUUCUACUCAUUGAAGAUUUUCUUUUCAAACUAGAUAAAUUUCUUGAUAACAGCAAUAAUAGAUAAAGAGAGUUAAAAUGUUAUCUAUGGAUGGGCAAUAGUUAUGGCUUUUACUUAAAUUUUCUAUAUUGCUCUUGUUCAUCAUUCUGUCCGCUUUUUUACUGCAUUCUUUGUAUAAUUUAGAGCUACAUUUAAUCGAGCUCUCUUCCUUAAAGUUUCAUCUCUCUCAGCCUUCUCAAUUAAGGAGGCAAAUGUUGGAAAGUUGGUCAACUUAGUGUCUAACGAUUUAAAUCUACUUGAAAUGAAAAGUUAUUCUAUAAUUACUUUGCUUACUCUACCUGCUCCUAUUAUCGCUGUAGCUCUUAUCCUCUACUUCAGGUUUGAUGGGUUCGCUGUGAUUGGUCUUGGAGUUAUGAUUGGAUAUAUUCCUUUUUAGUUACUUCUUGCUAAAAUUAGCUCAGGAUUCUUUAAAGAUAAGGCUGCUUUAGUAGAUCACCGUGUUAAGUUUACUAAUGAAAUUGUAGAAGGAAUUCGUUUGAUUAAAAUGUACGCAUGGGAAGAGGCUUUCGUACAUCUUGUAACGACUUUCAGAAAAUCAGAGCUUAGAAAAAUAUUUUAUAUUUAAUUUAUCUACUUACUAGAGCACUCUUUUAGUUUUGUUUCUGGACUUUUUGCUAGCUUUAUAGUCUUUUUUGUUAUAUACAAGUAUGGAGAACCUGGCUCUUUGAAUGUUGCAAAUAUGUAUUCAACCUUAGAUUUACUUUCUUAUGUAAAAUAAUAAGUUGUUUCAUCAGCUGGAUACGGAAUUGUUGGUUUGCUUGAGCUUAAAGUAAUAUUAGAGAGAAUGAUCACAGUUGUUACAAUAAAAUCAUCCUAAAUGACUUGCAUAGAGAAAAUAAAUGAUUAUGAUGGAAAAAAUCUUGAAAGUGGUGAGAUUGAAAUGAAAAAUUUUACUGCCUUCUGGAAAGAUAAUCAACCUGUUUUAAAUUCCAUAAAUUUAGAUGUUAAAAAGGGAGAAUGCAUUGGAAUAGUUGGUAAAGUAGGAAGUGGAAAAUCUUCUUUUUUGAGUUGUAUCCUUAAAGAAAUUCCAAAAUAUUCAGGUUACUUUAACUUUAAGGGUAAAAUAGCUUAUGUGGAGUAAGAGCCUUAUAUUUUUAAUAAGACUGUCAGAGAAAAUAUUUUAUUUGGCUCAAAGUACGAAGAAAAAUUCUAUAAUCAAGUAAUUGAAGCUUGUUGCUUGAUAGAUGAUAUCAAAUAGUUUGAUUAUGGGGAUUAAACACAAAUAGGUGAAAGAGGUAUCAAUAUAAGUGGUGGAUAAAAGGCUCGUAUUUCUUUAGCCAGAGCAAUAUACUCUAGAGCCGACAUAUAUUUAUUAGAUGAUCCUUUAUCUGCUGUAGAUUCAAAAGUAGCAAAACUUUUAAAUGAUAAUGCUAUUUAAGGAUUGCUUAAAGGUAAAACUGUGCUUUUAGUUACACAUUAGAUUCCCUACACUAGAAGCACUGAUAGGAUAAUUAUAAUGAGUGAUGGCUUUAUAUAAAAUAUUGGUACUUAUAAUGAUUUGUAAGAACCUCUGAGAGUGUUAGGACAUUAAAUGCAUGUUGAAGAUUCAUAAAGCUAAAGUAGAGUUAGUCAAUCUUUUAAAAAAUCUAUUCUAUAAAAUCAAGAAAAAGAAGAAGAAGAAGAAGAAGAGGAGGUUGAUGAUGAUAAUAACCAAUAAGAAAAUACAUAGUAAGAUUAAAAUGCUAUUGAUUAAAAAGAUGAAAAACUAGAAUAAGAAAACAAAGAAGUGAAGCAAGACGAGGACACUAAAGAAAAAAAAGAGAAAAAAGAUAAGCUAUACACAAAAGAAGAAGAUGAAAAAAUAGUGGUCAGUUUGAAAACUUAUUUGAACUACUUUUUAAACUCAAAAAUAUGGUUUUUAGCCCCUUUAAUGUUUGCUUUGUUUGCUACUUGUGAGGUGGUUUUUAUAUUCUACUCAAAAACUAUAGGAAAAUAUGGAAACCAAGGAGCUGAUUAGUUUUACUACAUUAGCUUAUUAGGAUAUUUGUCUCUUAUUUACUUUAUAAACCUAGUAUUAAAAUACUUUUUAUUGACUGUUAUUGCUAAUCGCAGCAGCUUCUAUAUUCACAACAAAAUGGUUUAGUCAAUUAUUAGAGCUAAAGUUCUCUAUUUUGAUAGAACUCCAUCAGGCAGAAUUUUAAAUAGAUUCUCAUCAGAUUUGGGAAUUAUUGAUCAAGAUUUAGUAAGAACAUCGAUGGACACUAUUGAAAUUAUUUUCAGUUUUUGUAUAUUAAUGGGCACAAUUAUUUCAAUUAAUCCAUACUUCUCUAUCAUAGCUGUAGUCGAGAUUUUAGUUCUUGGAUUAUACUUAGGAAUUUCUAAAAAAGUGCUUGUCUAAUCUAAGUAGAUUGACUUAAGAUACAGAUCUCCUGUAUAUACAUUCUUCAAUCAAACCACUUAAGGUGUCUUGCCUAUCAGAAUUUAUGAGAAGCAGUAGAUUUUUUGUGAUAAUUUUGACUUCCUUUUAAAUAAUUCUCUUAGAUCAUCUUACACCUAUUGGUAUAAUUCUAGAGCUUUUGGCUUUUAUGUAAAUAUGGUGACAACAAUUUCAGCUAUUAUUGGUAUUUUUAUGCUUCUCUCAAUCGAUUAAAAUCCUUCUACUAUCGGACAAACAAUUAUAUAUUUCCUCAGUAUUAGUGAUAAUAUUUAAUGGGGUUUAAGAUAAAUGAUUUAAACAGAUGUUGCUAUGUCUAGUGCAUAAAGAGCUAUGAAUAUGACUUUGAUUGAUUAGGAACCAGCUUUGAGGACAGAUUAUGAUCGUAAAGAGUUGAAAAAAACAGAAAACCAUUAAAAAAAUAAUUCAAAUGAGGAAUAUAUAUUCCCUAAAUAAGGUAAAGUUGAAUUUUAAAAUGUUAAAAUGAAAUACAGAUAAGACCUUGCCUAUGUCUUAAAUGGGCUAACUUUCUCUUUGAAAGCUGGAUAAAAAGUGGGUUGCAUAGGUCGUACUGGUGCUGGAAAAUCUUCUAUUAUUCAAGCGCUUUUCAGGAUGACUGAAAUCGAGUCAAACUUAGAAAAUGCAAAAUAUCAAUAAGAAGAUGAAGAACAAAGACUCAACUAAGAAAUGUUUAUUAAAAUUGAUGGACACAACAUUAAAGAUUUGGGUCUGCACACAUUGAGAGGAGGAAUCAGCAUAAUCCCAUAAGUACCAUUCAUAUUCUCAGGAACUAUCAGAAGAAACCUUGAUCCAUUAGACGAAUUCACUGACAAAAUGAUAACUGAUAUCUUAUAAGAUAUAAAUUUAUUAGAAAAAGUAAACAGCUUGGCUAAAGGAAUAUACACUGAUAUGACUAAUGCAAGUGAGAUAUUCAGUACAGGAUAAAAGUAAUUGAUUUGUUUAGGUAGAGCUAUCCUGCGAUAGAGCAAAUUGAUUGUACUAGAUGAAGCAACAGCAAACUGUGAUAUGUACACUGAUGAACUUAUCUAGAGAAAAAUAAGAGAAAAAUUCACAGACUCUACAGUCAUAACAGUGGCUCAUAGAUUAAAUACCAUUGCAGAUUAUGACAAUAUAAUAGUCAUGGAUAAGGGAGCUGUUAUUGAAUCUGGGGCACCCUAUGAGUUACUUUGUAAGGAAAAUGGUAUAUUUAAAUAAAUGGUAGAUCACACAGGCAAAAAAAAUGCAAAACUUAUUUUGAAAAUAGCCUAAUAAGCAUAUAAUUAGAGUGUAAAUAACUCAUGA